AAUACGGAUGAAUUUUGGGUAAAUGAUGCGUUCACCUCAAAACUUACUCGAAUCAAAAUUCAAAUGGUAUCGGGACGAGCUGAAGCAGAACCUGAAAGAAAAGAAACACGCUCAAGAGUGACGCAGCAACUAAAGCAUCGUUUUAUGCCGAAUCCUCAACUGAUCAAGAAGAGAAUCGAAUCACUGAUUGAGCGUGACUAUUUGGCACGUGACAAGAAUGAUCAUCGUUGCUAUGAAUAUGUUGCCUGA